UCCUUUACAAUCUCGUAGUUUUCUCGGCCGAUAUUGUCAAAAUAUUGAUUGAUGGCUCACCUGUUGAAAAAUGGGAUGAAAUAAUCCGAGUAGGCACAAUACAUCUAGCGAUAACGGAACUGAAAGACAGCUAUACUUACAUAACCUCAUUUGAAAACUCUUUCUUGGCCUUUGUGGUGUUCAAACUACGGACGGCAGACGGUGGAGAUCUGUACUCUCACAUCCCUUUGGCAACGGAUAACGUUGAGCUCGAGCGCGAUGUGAAAUCAGCAGCGAAGGCGAACACGGAGACAAGGAUGCCUGAACUACUAGAGCAUUAUGUUUUCCAGGAUUUAACAGUCUAUGCCAUAACUAACUCGGAAGAAAUGCUGACUGAUGGUGACGACAGCACCUGUGUGUUUCCUAGCUUCAACAAAUUCAAUUUGCGUUUUUUCGAGCACUUCUACGUGGCGUCGAUUGUUUUUGUUCUUUUCGAAGAAGGUGUUUUUGAGUCUGACACCUUCAUAGUUUCCUAUAAGACGAUGGAGAGUUAUGGUUUUUUGUCGGAAUUUAAAAGUGUAACAGCAAUGAUAACAAAUGUGAUCAGCAAUCGAGUAUAUGUGGAGUUGGAAGACGCGGUUUUACUAGAUCUGAUAGAGAUAGAAGUGAAAUUUCAUCUUUCUAUUUGCUCAGUUUAUCUCAAUGGCGGGAUUAAUCUCAUGCGUAACUUGGUACCAGCACGUCUGGUGGUGGAAGUGUCAAAUGCAAACGACAAGCUGCUGUCAAUCAUCACGGACGGGGACAGGUACCGGACGUGCGUCGACGUCACAUCUCCGCUGGUGAUUGUCUUGAAGCCGCAAAACAAUACUCGCGUCUCCAGGGUCGCCAUAUACGCAGGUAAUCAGGUGAUGAUAAGCAUGCCGUAUUCUAUCACUAACGAGAAAGAAAGCUUUAAGAAGGAUGGGUUCGCCAUGUGGCCUAGACCUUGGAACCCAACCUUCGUUCACGACAAAUGGAUUUCCACGCUGAGAAUCAGCCCCGGUGUGAAACAUUUGACUCUGUGCGAGGUGGAGGUGUAUGCAGAUAUCUUCACACCCCGUGUACCCCUCACUGACAGUGCUGCGGCGGGUGACACCAUUUUUCGAUUCUGGGGAUUUGUAGCACUGUUCAUUGUGGUGGCCUCUUGCUUAAGUUGUACUAUAUUUGCCAUGAAUAAGCGGGUAGACCUUGCUCCCGAGCUAGAAGAUGAGUAAAGUUGCAAGGAAAUUUAUCUUGUAUCUUGUUG